GAUAGCCAAAUUUUCAUUUUCUCUGCGGAAGGAUCUAUGGUAUACAUACGCGCUCAUGAUUAAACCAAUUCUAAGAAUAUAUAUCGCUUUAUUCUGAUAUUUUAUAUAGAUUUAACUCAAUCUGUGAGUUAUAUGCUUCAAUUGAGGCAAGUAAUCGCUCCAGAGAAACCAAGAUGGUAGAGCGAUAGCAGGACAGAAAUACUGCGAACCGCAUAUCACCUCCACUGUAGGGCUUUGUUCGCUGUUAAUAAAUAAUCUGCAUACUUCACACGCAGCCCUCUUGGUCGGCCAUUUUGUGGCAGCCAUUUGCAAUGGAAAAUAAUGUCUAAAUUGGAAUUUACAGGCAUGAUUUGUCAAAUAUGUAAAGGAGGGCUUGGUAAAGGCCUUCAGCAAGUCUAACCGAUGUGUCUGUCCUUGCAUGCGAUGUAUGAAGGCAAGAAUAUCCACUAUUCUGCAGUUGACAACAAACCAUUAUGUUCCUUCAGUGCCAAACUAUGCAAUCAGAGAAGACUAAAUGGCUACGCCUUUUGUGUGAGGCAUAUCCUUGAGGAUCCAACUGCACCAUUCAAAAGAUGUGCAUAUGUGGCCAAGUCAAGCAAUCAGAUGUGUACCCAACCAAUUCCGAAACAUGAGGAAAGAUUAUACUGCAACAAUCACAUGCAGGUGCUUGGUAUGCUUCCAAGAAAAGAGCGCAAGCCAAAGAAAGAAAAAGAGGUUAAUGUUGUUCAUCAUGACAACAGACUAUCAUUUGAAGACAGAGUCAAGUCUAAGUACAUCACUAAAAUCAAAAAUGAUGUUUCAACGAAACAACUGUCUAUGGAUGACCCUGAUGAUCCAUACGCAUUUCCUGAUCCAGUGCGGGAUACGCCGGUUGUCAACAAUGUCAACCCACAGCCGUCACAGAUUCUUGAGGUACCCAAACAGCCUCAACCAAGCCCUAAUAGGGCAAAAUCACCAGGUGAUGGGGGGUCUACUAUUGCUAAACUCUACCCAGAACUUGCAGAGAAACUGGAAAAGAUCAAACCUAAAGUUGAGCCCAAAGUUAAAGGGCGAAUACGAAGUUCUAGAACAAUGAACAAAUUGCAAACCAAAAUUGCACAAAAUAAGAUCAAGGACAAACUACGAAAAUCUCAGGAGUCAGGCUCGAAUCCUUCAGUGAGCCCUGUGUCAUUACCAAGUCCAGAUCCUACUCCCGUUGCAAGUCAGCCUCCAGUGAAUUUAAACACAGGACAGCAAGUCAAUCCUCCCCCUCUCAUGAGACUCGAAGGUGCUCCUCCUCAUCCUCCACUCAAGCCACCCAUUACCCAUCAUGCCCUACCAACAAAUACUGUAGGAUUGUCAGAGGUUAAUUAUUCAGUAUCGGCUCUGGCUGCAAGACUUUCACCUCAAAUAUUACCACCUCCAUAUCCUGGUCCGACAAAUCGGUUACCAGCACCACCACCACCACCACCACCACCACCGGCAAUGUUGCCGAUUCCAACAGUUGUACAACAACAGCCAGCGCCUGCACCGGUACCUAUACCUGUACCCGUGUCUGUACCCGUACCUGUACCCGUACCUGUACCUGUACCCAUACCAGUACCCGUACCCGUACCGGUACCAGUACCACAGACUUCAACGGUGAUGCCUCCGGCACCAAUCCCAGAGCCCCGCUUACCUCCCCCUCCCCCAUAUGUGGCACCGCCAAGACCACCAACUGUGUCAAUGAAUUCUAGUGUACCAGUAUUAUCUACAAAACCUCAGCGAUUAAAAGAUGUUAUUGUUGAAAAAGUUGAAAGAACUAAGUUAAAAACGAACUCUGCUAUGAACUUCUAUGCUUGUUACGCAAAGCGGAAAAAGUACAACCAUCAUUUAGUCAGCUCAGGAUUGUGCAGCUCAUCUGAAGAUGAUAGUGAUGAUGAAAAUGUUGGGAUGUUGCCUUGGCAACCUGGAUGGUUCUCUGCAUCUUCUGAUGAUGAUAAUGAAGAAGAGCAAAUGGGUGAACUACCAAUCCAUGUGCGGGCAACCAAAUUGACUUUAUUGCGAGCAAAGCUGCGUCGUCAGUGCUAUCAGUCAAGGAAGGCAACUUGUACCAACACAUCAUUACAGACCUAUGAUAAUGAAGCUACUCUAGCUCUAAUCAAAGGUGCUCGUGAUAGUCCUGUCUCAACUGUGAAAACUUUGUGGGAAAUACUCAAAAUUCCACAGAAGCAGGCAGACAGAUAUAAACGGAGAGGUCUUGAUCGUAGACCCUGCCUAUACAGGAAUGAUGAAGAUGACAAAUGUCUUCAGAGGGCUUUACCUUACACAAACCACUGUCUAAAGCAUAUCAUGUACAAUGUUGACCAGCAGCUGUUUGAUUACUGCACAGCCAAGUUUGCAGAUAACACACAGUGCUGUGUUCCAGUCUUUGACAUCAGGCAUGGGUUGCCUCUCUGUACUGAACAUGGAGCAAAAGUUGAUAAUCACCAGAAAUCAGGAGAUAUCGACAUCAAGAAACGUCCUCGGAAGAAAACGAAACCUCCAGCACUUACAAGACCACCAAAGAAGGGAAAGAAGAAAAAGAAGAAUCGAUAUAUCCGUCCACAGAAGCCCAUUCCACCUGCAGAGCCAACGGGAGAUCCGGGUGCAUUUGCAGCUGUAGUAGCAGCCGCUGUAAUGGCUGCUUCAGAGAAAGAGGAAGAGGAUAGCUCUGAUGGUGAGAAGGAUGAAGAACACUCAGCAUCAACAUCUACAUCAAUGGACCACUCUAUCACAGAAUCGUCUUCAUCGGGGCCAGCACAAGUGGCUGAGAAGAUGGAGACAGAAGACUCGGAGGAAGCACAAAAGAAUGAUGAGGACAAGGAGGAAGACGAUGAGGAGGAGGAAGAGGAUGAUGAUGAGGAAGACAAAGAGGAAAUGGAACCUGAGGGUGCUCUCAGCAAUGUGCCGCUUGAAGAAAUGUUGCCAGCAUCUGGGAGGAUAGAAGAUAUUGACAAGACCUUUGAAUUGCCUCUGGAGCAGGCCUCCAGGCUUCUAGAAGAACAGGACUUUCAGGAUGUGUUCAACAAAAUUCCAGAUGAAGCUUUUGAUAUUUUCUCAGGUAAAAAUGGUGAUUUUGUUCCCACAUUGCAAGAAACUGAGGAGCUAGAGCGAGCACUUGCUGCAGCAACAAAAGAUGUGUAUUCAGCCAAAGACACACUUGAGAAAUUAGUGAAAGGUGAAAUUACUGAUGAACUCAGUUUGCAGACAAUUGCAGAGACUAUAUUGGCUCAUGGUAUGCAGAAUAAUGCUGUGGAAGCAAGUUUUGCAGGGGAAUCUGUCCCACCAGAUCUUCUUCAAGAAGGACUGUAUGCUUUGUCUCGGAAUCUCACAACUGGAGGAAAUGCUGGUUUUACUCCUUCUACAACAGUAUCUGCCAAUAAUGCUAUAUUGAGUAGGCUUCAGGCUGGUGUGUCAUAUUCCCAGAACCAAUCUGUGACCGUUCCAUUCAAUGGCGCUGUGACUUCUGGUAAUAGUUCUGGAGCUGGGCAGUCUACAAACAUUUCACAAUUGGCGCCUGGUUUCCAGAAUACUACAGUCAGUGCUCAGAACAUUGGUACCACUCUACCAAAUCGGACAACGAUUGCCCCUCAACGGGGCUUCCAAAAUUCUCAGGGUGUGGCACAUGCUGGUUAUCAUGGAAACCUGCCUUAUUCAGCACUUUCUCAACAAUUAGCAAUGUCUCAGCAGACUCCAAAAGGACAGGCAAUAGCAAGCCCAUCUUCAGUGGGGCAGCUGCAUAUAGACUCAUCACAUGUCCUUCCUCAUUCAAACUUGCCACAACAACAGCCAAUCCACUCACAAACUAUCAUCCCCUCUCAGCUAUCCGGUGCACGACCACCUUGGCCUCAGGCUGCAGUGUCCAGCACUAAUGUCAAUUACCAAAAUGGAUUCCCAGGACCAGUUGCCCAGGCCCCAUUUAUACAGACAGUGAACAUUGCAAACCCAGUUGGGAAGUUUCCCACAAGUGCUCAAGCUAACAUGACAGACUUUGCUAACAAGCAGGACCCACAUUUCGUCGCCACGCUACCACAUUCCAGAGGGGUUCCCGCCAUUCGGCCCCCUGCCCAGGGAUUUGGAUUUACUUCCGGAAUGCCCCCUUUUACCUCCAGUAGCAAUGGGUCAUAGUAGUGCGCUUCAUGCCUGUAGCGGGAAUCAAGAGAUGUUUCUGGUCAAAACACUUGGGUGUUGAAACUGUUACAUAAAAUAAGAUUCAAACUCACUAUUCAUGAACAAGUUUAUUCAUAGAUCAUGUGAUGAAUGUAUUAGUUGAAGAAUUAAAUUCAAAUUGCAUACAAAUUGUUCAGUUUGUAAUUAAAUUUGAAGCUGGUAACAUUACACUGACAUUUACCUGUGUUCCUCUGAAAAUAUUUUCAUUAUCAGACAACUAAUACAGAAAGUAAACAUUAUUGCCCGUAUUUACACUUUUAUUCUUGUAUGUGUAUUUUCUUGCUGUUUGUAUGUGCAUGGAAAGUAUUUGUUUCAGACUCAUUCAGUUUACUUUGUUACUACUCGAGUACCAGCCCAAGUGUUUUGACUACCGAUAUCUUGCAUGUCCUUGUUAUACGGGUAGAAAAUGAAAUCCUCAAAAGAGGGUGUGAUACUAUAAUGAGAACACAUCUGUGCCUAUUUUUUCAGAUUUAUUUUGUUAUAAUGUGGUCCAUCCAUAUUAUAAUAUAAGAGAAAGGCAGCCAUUAAUGUUUUCUUUCUUGUUCUGUGACUGUUGUUGUUUUAUGUUACAUAUAUAUCAAUUUCAGUGGUUGUAGGUAGAAUGUAUGUAUAUAAGAGAUCUCUAGUAAUAUUUGUGAGGAAUUUUAUUCUAGUCGCUUGAACAUACUGUACAGGAUACAAGAGGGGCUGAUAAUGUAAAGAGAGUUGUACAGAUGUACAAUAGCGAACAUUUGUAAAUAACUGUAAAGUGUCGUUUAAUAACCUUGUUGAUACUCUUUCAUCUUUUAAAUCAUUUACAACUCAUCCUAUAUGUCUAGAGCUGAAUAUUAUUUCGGUACAGUUUAAACAGCAUUGAAUGCCAAGAGGAGAAAGUUCUUAUGACUCUUAAUUUAGCUUUUUUGAAUGACGAGUCUUGCAAUUUGUAAUUCAUAUUCAACCGUUCAUGAGAGAGGCUGUCAUUUAUUAGCAUUUCAUCAAGUGAUAUCUGGACAUAUUUAUUCAGUGAUUUAUGCAUGUUUUGUGUCAAUCAUAGUUCAUGUGAUAUUUGUGAGAUAUUGUCAAAUAUCUGUGUGUUGAAAUGUGAUAAAUUCUCUCACUGCUGUCUUGUGUGCAUGUUGAUAGUCAACAUUCAUAAUGUAUGUUUUGCUCACCAUUAUCAUCUGGAAGAAAAGAAAACAAUUCAUUAAUACAGAUAUUAAAGCAUGUCUGGAUUGAAAUGGCAAAGUAAAUAGAUAGUAGUUAUCUAUAUUCUAGUUAUUUCAUGUCUGUACCCUGUAACAGCCUUGUUCAUAUAAUCCCUAAUACAGUGCUUGAGUUUCCUCUGAAUAUCGAAAUGGAUAAGGGAAGGGGAGAUAAGCAGGGAUAAUUACUGACACAAAAGGAGGUCUUUUCUUGUCAUGGAAAAGCCAAUUUCUUGAAAAAUAGGAAACAAGGUUUGUUGACUUCAUGAAGAGCAUGUGAUUAUACACAGAUUUUACAAUAUGUUAUCUUUAUGAACUAUGGACUUAGUUUGGUUCAGAUUUUGUAGAUUGCGAAUAUAACUUAUUAAUUUGAAGACUGUUUGUGCUUCGUUAUCAGACUUAUCAAAUAACACAAAAAAAGUUGUCUUGGCAUUCAGUGUAGUUUAAUCUUUACCUUUUCUAGCGACUUUUGUCCUUCCUAUCUCUUCCAUAGUUAAACAGAUUUACAAUUUUUUAUCUGUUGUUUAGACCUGUAUUUUCAUAUUGAAUGUUUCAUCUUGUUCAUAUGCUCCCAUCAGUUUCAUGGAUGAAAGGUGUUAAGAAAGAGAAUGAAUUUAUACACAUGGUAGCAGUGUUUUCUAGAUUACCUUUGUUUGUAGAAGUCGUAUAGUUGAAAUUUCAAUUUGACAAAGCUAGUAUGAUUAGUAUCAUUUGUAGGCAUUACUUGAUUGUGAUGAUGUUCUUCAUGUCUGUCUCUUUUGCCAAAACACAAGUAUAGUGAUAAGAUAGUUUGAUUUAUUAUGAAAAAUACUCAUUAAUGGUGUUUCUGUAGUGUUCUAACAUUUAAAAAAUAGAAGAUACAUUCUGCAUCCAACUGAAUUCCUCUGUAGGUGUAUAACAAAGGUAUGACUCAUCCAUCAUGACUGUUUUCUAAUAUUAUUCAUUAAAGCUGACUUGCUACCAAAAUUUCUAAAGUGAUCUCCAAAAUCCAUGACAAUGAUGUGAUAAGUGUAUCCCAAUCUUUGAACAAUUGUCAGUGUAAGUGAUAGGUUUGUGAUUAUACAUAAUGUUCAGUAUGGUUAUUUGGCUUUUUGCCAUAUUUAUGCCUUCAAUCUUAUUCACUGAUCAUGGUGUUAGAUGUGUUUAUGACAUGUGUUAUGAGUAUGUUAUGAGUAAUGUAUUUUUACCCACAGGCAACAACAGUUCAAUUUACAUAAUCAUUUUUCAGUAUGAUAAUGUUUCCUGAAGUGUGUAAUCAAAUGUUCUCUACAUCAUUAACAGGCUGUCUUUCUAUUCAGAUCAUUAUCAGUCAUCACUAGUACCAUUAUGUUUGUUUUCAAUUUGCUAUCACAUUAUGAAUUAUGCUUUCAAAGUUAGCUAUCAGAUAGUUGUUAUUUUCAAACACCAUUGACAAGUUGGAUUGUAUUUAUUUCAUACAAUUGUUAUACUUUUGGGUGACAGUCAUACACACUUUUUGAAUAGACAAAUCAGAUGUCGUUUCUGCAAAGUAAACUGCACCUUUUGCAUUUACCAAUAAGUAUCAGCUGCUUUAAUAUUGGCAACAACCAGGACAGCUUACCACAUAAACUGAUACACUCAAACUUGAAAUCACACCUUGACUUGGUGAGUUUCUCCACAAUGGUGGGUUGUUUUGGGGUGUUUUUUAAUUUUUUUAAUUUUUUAAUAUUUUUUUUAUUUUAUUUUUCCAGUUUCUGCAUGCUGUUUGAAACUGAUCAGGAUAUAUUAGGCAUUUAAUUAACUGCUUUUCAAGGAAAUAGUCCUAUUUAUUGUUUCUAUUAAAUCUAACAAACUUCUCCAUUUUUGCAGGAAUUUGCUUUGAGAUAGUGAUUGUUGUAGGUGCUUAAUUUAGUAAUCGACCAAAAAGUCCAAAAAUAGUGAAAAUCUUGUCAUUCUGAUAAAAUGGCUGUCAAGGUGAUUGCAAGUUAGGGGGCAUCAUUUUGUGCAAGUUUUAAGCUUCUCAGAUAAUGUCAAAGGUCAUCAUUUCUUUGCAUUUUCGAGCGAUGUUUUAGUACACUAUAUACAAAAGAAAUCAAAUGGGACGGUUACUUCAGUUAGCCGUGGAAUCAUGAACUUGUUUGUUGUCCAUUUAUAGACCUUUGUUGUUUAGUUUUCAAUGGCCUAUUUGUGGCAUCUGUUUCCCUUUCCCUCACAAGAAAUGCCCUGAACAAAUUCUGGUCCUUCAGAACUGGGGUAUUUCACAGACUCAUGUGGUACAAAGAUAUUGAGGCAAUAUCUGAAAUAUUCAAUGACAUCAUUCAUGUCUAUUUAAUGUAAUGCAAUGAUAUAAGUUUUCAUAAAUCGCAUGUUAAAAAAAUGGCUGUAAGCCAUGAUUAUGAAAUUGAUGUAUGAUAUUUUUGUUGUAGAUUUGUUAUCUAGAUUAGUACAAAGUUUAUUUUCUAUGAUCUGAGCCUCAUUAUGGUCAUGCACGUUAUCUACCAUUAAUUAGUGUGAGAGACAAGGAUGUGUGUGUAUCAUUGUGCUUGUGUGAUCAGUGGUGCUGUUGUCGACACAUCUCCAGGGCGAAUAUGACAACAUUUGUGUAUCAUUGGAACUGUCACUCCUCAAUAACUGUUGUGAUGCAAUAAAGUAUAAAUACAUGA